AUGGUAUGGAAUGUGCAAGGAGCAGGAAGUAGAGAAUUUAUUGAUGCGCUAAAGGAAAUUAUUAGGGUGAAUAAACCUAACGUGAUACCCUUGGUAGAAACUCACAUGGGAGGAGCCCAAGCUAUCAAAAUAGCAAAUAUUAUUGAAUACAAUGGUCAUACGAGAAUUGAUGCUCAAGGAUUCUCAGGUGGUAUCUGGAUUUACUGGAAAAAAGAACUAGUGACAGUAGAACCAAUUCAUCAACAUGGGCAGUAUAUAACUAUGAACAUAAAAAGAAUGGGAGAGGUGCCUUGGUACUUUACUGCUGUAUACGCAAGCCCAGACCCUUCAAAAAGACAGGAGCUUUGGAGGGAACUUAAAGAAUUCGCCAGUACUCAUAAUAUGCCAUGGGUAAUUGCAGGAGACUUUAAUGAUACCCGCUUCCAAUGGGAAAGGAGUUCAGACUGUCCUGAAACAACGAGACGCUCUGCUAGAUUUAAUGAAUGGGUGGAGGAUAUGGGACUACUUGAAGUUGAAUUUAGUGGAGCUUCCCAUACUUGGUUUCGUGGUAAAAAUGUUGAUACUUGGCAAAGUGCUCGUCUUGAUAGGGCAAUUUGUAAUAGUGACUGGAGCCUUCGUUUUCCUAAUGCAUCAGUCAAGCAUCUACCAGCCAUACAGUCGGAUCAUACACCCAUUCUAAUAGCCCCGAAUGGUUUUGCUCCCAUUGCUGACAUUAACCGACCUUUCCGAUUCCAAGCAGCUUGGAUGACUCAUGAAAACUUUAGAGAUUUUGUGGAGAGUAAAUGGAAAAAAGAUGCUCCAUUAAUGCCUCAACUCCACUCCAUGGCAGAAGAGUUACAACAAUGGAAUAAAACUAUCUUCCACAAUAUUUUUAAGAAAAAACGUAACCUCUUGGCUAGGAUUGCUGGGGUCCAACGUGCAUUAGCACUCCAAAAAGCUCGGGAUUUGAUUAAAUUGGAGUCUAAACUCAGGGGAGAACUUGACGAAGUUUUAGCUCAAGAAGAAUUACUUUGGUACCAAAAGUCAAGGGUUGAUUGGAUUAAAGAUGGUGAUCGAAAUACGACCUUCUUCCAGCUAAGCACCAUAGCCCGUAGAUGGAGAAAUAAAAUCUCAGCAAUUAGAGAAGCUCCAAAUGGUGAAUGGAUUACUGGAAAAACAGAAGUGCAAGCAAAUAUUGUAAGUUACUUCCAAAAAUUAUUCGAGUGUGACAAUACCCCCUUCAAUGAAAACUUACCAAGGGAUAUAUUCCCAGAAUUUACUACUGCUGCCUGGCAUAAUUUAACUAGGCCCUUUCUAAAGUGUGAAUCGAUAGGGUGA